AUGUCCGUGCGCAGGGCCGGCCGCGACGCGGCGYCGCGGCUCUCGGAGGGGCAGUACGUGCUGUGCCGCUGGACCGACGGCCUCUACUACCUGGGCAAGAUCAAGCGGGUGAGCAGCWCCAAGCAGAGCUGCCUGGUGACCUUCGAGGACAACUCCAAGUACUGGGUGCUCUGGAAGGACAUCCAGCAUGCCGGCGUCCCCGGCGAGGAGCCCAAGUGCAGCAUCUGCCUGGGGAAGACGUCAGCGCCGGCCAACGACAUCCUCAUCUGCGGCAAGUGCGGGCUAGGCUACCACCAGCAGUGCCACGUGCCCGUGGCCGGCAGCAGCCAGGGCCCGCUGGGGACGCCGUGGUUCUGCCGCCGCUGCAUCUUCGCCCUGGCCGUGCGGAAGGGGGGUGCCCUGAAGAAGGGAGCCAUCGCCAGGACGCUGCAGGCCGUCAAGAUGGUGCUGUCCUACGACCCGCAGCUGCUCGAGUGGGACUCGCCGCACCGCACCAACCAGCAGCAGUGCUACUGCUACUGCGGCGGCCCCGGCGAGUGGUACCUGAAGAUGCUGCAGUGCUACCGCUGCCAGCAGUGGUUCCACGAAGCCUGCACCCAGUGCCUCAGCGAGCCCAUGAUGUUUGGGGACCGGUUCUACGUGUUCUUCUGCUCCGUGUGCAACCAGGGACCCGAGUACAUCAAGCGGCUGCCGCUGCGGUGGGUCGACGUCGUGCACCUGGCCCUCUACAACCUGGGCGUGCAGAGCAAGAAGAAGUACUUCGACUUCGAGGAAAUCCUGGCCUUUGUCAACCACCACUGGGACCCUUUGCAGCUCGGAAAGCUCACGGGCACCCCGCCGCCCGAGCGCGGCGCCCACCUCCUCAACGCCCUCAACAGCUACAAGAGCAGGUUUUUGUGCGGGAAGGAGAUCAAGAAGAAGAAAUGCAUCUUCCGCCUGCGCAUCCGCGUCCCGCCGAACCCCCCCACCAAGGUGCUGCCGGAGCGGGCGCCGGGCCCGGCCGAGAGCCGCUCCUGCGAGCUGAAGAAAAGAGGGAAGGGCAAAUACAUCCAUACAAGCGGGCAGCGGCCCCGCGAGCUGCAGCAGCAGAAGCAGCGAGCGGCGCGGAGGAGACGGGCCAAGUUCCUGCUGGAAGACGCCAUUCCCAGCAGCGACUUCACGUCCGCCUGGAGCACGAACCACCACCUCGCCAGCAUCUUCGACUUCACGCUUGACGAGAUCCAGAGCUUGAGAAGCGCCAGCUCGGGACAGACCUUCCUGUCAGACGUGGACUCCACGGACGCGGGCAGCACCUCGGGCUCGGCCUCCACCAGCCUCUCCUACGAGUCCAGCCGCAGGACCGUGGGCAGCCGCAAGCGGAAGCUGCCGGUGCCGGGACACGCGCCGGCGAGCGCCAGGCGGGCGGGCGGCCAGCACGGGGGGCGCCCGCCCGCCGGGACCCCCGCCGAGGGCGGCGAGGCGGCUGCGGGCGGCCCCGACGGCGGCAUCGACAGUCACACGUUCGAGAGCAUCAGCGAGGACGACUCCUCGCUCUCCCACCUCAAGUCGUCCAUCAGCAGCUACUUCGGGGCGGCCGGGCGGCUCGUGUGCGGCGAGAAGUACCAGGUGCUGGCGCGGCGCGUGACGCCCGAGGGCAGGGUGCAGUACCUGGUGGAGUGGGAGGGAACAACCCCCUUCUGA